AAGAAGAAAUAUGUUACUUAACAUCAGUUAAAUCAGUGAAAAAGAGGAGCAGAACCAUAAAGUGAAACUUCUGUCGCCUCCACUAAUUCGCAUAAAGUUGACAGUAUUUCCAGUACACCGACAUUUGCAGAGGAUGUAUAUUAAAUGGACAAUACGCUCAUGAAUCCAGGUAUAUUUUAGAUGCGUCCAAAGCUCCAUAUAUACCUGUGACACAUCAGUAACAAGACAUUCUAUAUAUCUUGUUACUAGUAUAUUUUAGAUAAUGCCUUGUGUAAAACAUGUAUCAAAGGAAAAAAACAUAAUUACUGUCUUUCAAAAUAUUAACAUUUGUAACAUUGUAAACCUCUUUAUAUUAUAAGGAAAUAUAAUAUUUUUAGAAUCCCUAAAGUAUAUCCAAAAUAACAAAAAAAAUGCUUUUCGGUCAUCAAAUUCUUUCAUUUGAUGCUAUUUGUGUUUGAAGUGGAAUUGCCUGGCUGUUUAUUAUGACAUUAUUUUCUUCUUAUUAUUCUUAUAAUAAUAGUAUUCAUAUUAUCUCACUGUAUUAUCUCAUUGUUUAACUUGAAUAGUAUUCCAUUUUCACACAGUUCUUUGAAGAACCAUGGUUCUUUUUGAAUGUGAUCUAGAAAUAAAGUGAUAAAGGUAUAAAACGUAAAAUCAGUAAAAACAGUAAAAUAUUCACGUAAUUAAAUAACAUAAUCUAGAUAGAACUAUCUGGGUUGACUAUUGUUAUCCUGAAGUGAAGACUAUAGCUGCAGUCUCUGGACAGAUGACUGAGGAGGCUGCAAGUACACCCCUCCUCCAGUAGGGGGCGUUGAAACCCUUUAUGGCUGAUUUUGUGAUUUGCUUCUUUACAUGAAGAAGUGAGCCUCGACUGCUGUGUGAUACAGUCUUUCAUACGCGUACAUUAUCUGCUGCUGCUGCUGUGUGCCGUAAGCCGUUUUGUCGUGGUGUGUAGUUUGGACCAACGACAGACAGGCAGGACGCUUUGACAGGUACUGCUAUGCUUGAUCAAACUCACAAUUUAUUUUGGGUUUGCCUCCUAUACAGUCUACAAUUUGCAAUGCGUUACCAACAGCGUUAAUGAUUGUAAUAUUAUCCUAUUAUCUAUAUGUGCACAACAUGUAAGUAAAUAAUGAUAGUUAUUUUGUGUUAGUGGUGUCUGACAAACUCUGGGUUAAAGGUCACGAGGUGUAAACAUGAUUUCACCUGUCCGGGUCAUCGUGGUGGGAGCAGGCUGUCGAGGAGAGAUCUACUCUAAGUUUGCCACCAUCCAUCCUGAACGAGUACAGGUUGUAGGAGUUGCGGAUCCAAGAAAAUUUGCUCGCUCUAAACUUCAACAGCAGCACAAGAUUGUGGAUGAAAACAUAUUCGAUGAUUGGCACAGAAUAGCUGACAGAGAGAAGUUUGCAGAUGCUGUUUUAGUCUGUACACCAGACCACCUUCACAAGGAACCUGCCGUGGCCUUUGCAAAGAAAGGUUACCACAUUCUGCUGGAGAAACCAAUGGCAACAACAGCUGAAGACUGCAGGGCGAUUGUGGAGGCUUGCACUCAGAGUGGUGUGAUCCUGUCUGUGGGUCAUGUUCUGCGGUAUGACCCCGUCACCCGCAAAAUAAAGGAGCUGAUAGAUGCUGGAGCCAUAGGUGACGUGAUCCAUAUUCAACACUUGGAGCCGGUUGGGUUUUAUCACUUUGCACACUCAUUUGUUCGAGGGAACUGGAGGAAUGAAGCUGAGAGCUCUUUUGUACUUUUGGCCAAGUCAUGCCACGAUAUCGACCUAAUACAUGACUGGGCUGGAGCUCGCAGGUGUGUGAAACUGUCGUCAUUUGGAUCCCUCAGCCACUUCCGAAAAGACAAAAAGCCACCAGGAGCUGCAGAUCGCUGCCUUGAUUGUUCAGUAGAAAAAGACUGUCCAUACUCGGCAUGUAAAAUCUACCUGGACAGAGUGAAACAGGGACACACUGGCUGGCCUGUGUCAGUCAUAUGUACGAGCUCUUUGCCAGACAUCGAGUCAGUAACAGAGGCACUGAAGACUGGACCCUAUGGCCGCUGUGUGUAUGAAUGUGACAACGAUGUUUGUACUAACCAGGUCGUCCACAUGGAGUUCGAAGGGGGUCUGACAGCAUCCUUUUCCAUGGUAGCUUUCACCAAGGAAAUGUGCAAGCGAAAAACAACCAUCUAUGGCAGCAUGGGGGAGCUGUCGUACAAUGGGCAUGAGGUGAGCGUGUUUGACUUUGUGACCCAGAGAACUACAAAGCACACAGGACAGGAUAAUGCUCCGAAUCACUUUGGCAUGAGUGGGCAUGGUGGAGCAGAUUACCACCUUAUGGAUGCCUUUAUUUCUGCAGUAGCAAGGACCAAUGAUGCCAGUCAUAAACAAAGACAAAGACAUAAUGAUACACAAAAGCACAAUAUUACGGUGCUUUUCGAACCGAUCCCCCCCGAGAUCGUUUCUAAUGGAACAAUGAUCCGUCCCUGAUCCGGUCGGGUCCUGAGGAGACGUUGCUGAGCCAUUUGCUGGUGUUUCAAGCAGAGCGGUCACGCCUGGAGGGCAGAGUCGUGUACUGUGAUGAGAUGAUGCAAAGCUAGAUGGAAAAAAACAAACAAAAAACACUAUGACAUCAAGAUAUUCCUCACUGUAAAUGUCAAACACUGUGAUUAUAAUACAUGUUAUUACCUCAGCCAAGGAGGUCAUGUUCUUGGUGAGGUUUGAAUGAAGACCAAAUUUUGAUUGUGUUGCCAUUGCUCAUGAAUGUUGAAUACUGUGUCCAACUGACCAAGGCUGAUUUUGUUAUAACCAAAGGAUAUGGUGAGAUGGAGGUAGAUAAUGCACUCAAAAGUACAAAAAUUUUAUUGUUGUUCAGCUUAUUUUCACAAUAGGAUUCAAUUUUGAGUAAGUCAUUUUUCACUAAAAGCUCUGUCUGUCAUUUUAAAUUGCCUUUGUUUCAUUGUCUGAUCUUAAUGUGGCUUUUCCCACCUGUGUCAUCAUGCAGAAUAAACACCAAUAAAACAGGGAACUGGUUUAAAUGUUUUAGAAUUAAUUAAUUAUUUUUGCAAUCUUUAGUGUAAUUUAAAUGAUAUUUUGAACUUCAUGGCAUAACCAAGUCAAAAACACUGAUCACUUCCAACAUUAUUUAUUUAUUGUUGUGGCUCAUUGGUGAAUCUCAGGAUAUUUAUGAUUGCUGUUGUGAUAAAUUACUUCACGAAGGGCUGAUGUUUUUACUGUUAACCUUUUAAUAAACCAAAGACAAUAAUUAUUGGAAUAAUUCUGUAAAAUGUGUAUGCACCAUUAACUGUGAACCAAAGCACUCAGUUAUACGACAAAUACGGCAAAUCUUCUUGUGCAUUUAUUGAAUUUUAAUUCUGUGAUGUAGAUCCUCUGUGCUUAAUGGCUCUGUGAUAUGUUUUUUUCUCAUAAAGUAGAGUUGAUUUAUAGAAAUUCUUAAGGAUGAUACAGCAGAAACUGACUUCUUUUUUUUUACUGUAAAAUAUAAAAUAAAUAUAAAAAAAUAUGUUUGAAAUAUA